UUAUAAUGACGUCAUGAAUGUGUACAUGUAGGCAAGUAAUGGCGACGGAAAUACCGUGACAACUGUUAUUGGAAUGAUUGCAUCGCUGUAAAUUAAAUUGUAAUAUUGUGGGCAAGGAAGAGUUUCAUUUUGGCUUGGUGAAGUAUCGAGAGACACGCAGCGAAGAGUGAGGAUCUCGGGUAGUGUACGUCAAAAUGGCUGAAGUUGGAGCAGGAAGCGUUGUGGAUGACAAGUACAUUUUGAUGGAUGUAGGUUAUGGAAUGGGCAUUCUUAAAAAUCUCAAUGAAAUGAGGCUGAAGAGGCUUUUCACAGACACAAUAUUGUGUCUAGGACAGGAGGAGUUUCCUUGCCAUAAGAACCUGUUGUCAGCUAGUAGCCCAUAUUUUCAUGCAAUGUUUACCAAUGAUUUAAGAGAAAAUAGAGAUAUACGUGUACCCUUUGCUGAUAUUUCUCCUUGGACAUUUAAGCGUAUCAUAGACUAUGUUUACACCGGCCGUCUAGAGAUCUCAACAGACAAUGCUCAAGAAAUGCUCACUGCUGGUUGCAAAUUCCAAUAUCCUGCCAUUGUUGAUGCUUGCUGCAAUUUUUUGAAACGACAGUUACAUCCCUCAAACUGUUUGGGCAUUCAGUUGUUUUCACAAAUUCAUUCCUGCAAGGAGCUAGAGGACAGUGCUACAAAGUAUGCCCUAGAAAAUUUCUCGGCUCUAGUUCAGUACGAUGAGUUUCUUGAAAUACCACUAGAGAAGUUGCUGUGGUUUGUUUCAAGUGAUCAUAUAGAAGUACGAAAUGAAGAAACUGUGUAUAAUGCUGUUAUACGAUGGAUAAAGUACGAUGUUGAAGACAGGAAAAAAUAUAUUCUACAGUUACUGCAAGAAGUCAGAUUGCCUGUGAUCAAUAUUAAUAAUUUACGAAGUAUGGAAAAUGAACCUCUUUUACAAAAUUGUGAUAGAUGUAUGGAUCUAGUCAGACAAGCUGAGAUUAAACAUGAAACUAUUCAUGACCAAUAUGGUAGGAGGCGGCGAAGCAUGCAAGAUACUAUGUUCCACCCAAGACCGUCAACCAUUGCCAAAGAGGUUAUAGUAGCAAUAGGUGGUUUGAACGGGUUUGUAACGAGAACAGUUGAAAUGUUUGAUCCUCAAAAGAAUGCAUGGUCCUCAUUGCCCGACUUCCCUAAACCUGUGACCUGGUUCAGUGUGUCUGCUGUAGUUAACUGUAUUAUAGUCGCAGGCGGUAUUCUUGAUGGAAGAAUUAUUGGAAAUGUGUGGAAGUUUGAUACAGGUGGACGAGAAUGGCACGAGAUCACCUGCAUGAGUCAGCCCAGAGCGAAACACGCUUCUGCUGUGCUGCAUGAUAGGUUGUUUAUUUUUGGUGGAGUGACGUAUACCGCUAACUUUGAGGUAGUAGAUCAGGGCUGUAUUGAAUGUUUUGACCCGUCCACAAAUGUGUGGUCAGUUGUUGGCCAUUCUUCUUUCCCAAGGACUCUGUCAAAGAUUGUUCCUUACGGGAAUCAGUUGGUGGAGGUAGGGGGACUGCAAGGUGAAGCCAAAGUCAACACAAUGGAGUGCUAUGAAGGGUCCCCUGACAGUACAGCAAUCAAACCCUUACGUGAACAUUUUAUCUUGCCAGAAGCAAUUGAAUUUGCUCAAAUAGUGGUGCUUAAUGGAGUAUUUUACAUUUUUUGGGAGGAUACGAAGAAGGUGAUCACACUAGAUCCAGAGAAGCGUACAUUCCAGAGACUGCCUGACAUGAACUUUUGCCAUAAAAAUAGUGGUGCUACUGUCCUCAGAGACAAGAUUUAUGUGAUAGGGGGUAUGACGGACAAUUUGAGAGUGGGGUCACAUGAUUCUCAUGCUAGUAGGGUAGUUGAAUGCUUUGAUCCAGAAACAAAGACCUGGACAAUAGAGAAACCUCUACAGGAAGCAAGAGGCUUCCAUGCUUGUGUUACUGUCCAUAUGUGAUGCAAGACAUUCUGGAGAAUAUAUAGAUUUAUUGCUAUAUCUUCAUCUAAGCCUUUCAUGCUGAAAUUUAGCCUUGCCCGUCUGCUUAGCUCAAUGUGGAGAGCACAGAUCUAUGGAUUGCAGGGUUGUGAGUUUUAUCCCCCGUCAAAGUUCAUGUUCUCUAUGACAGUUUGAUAAAAGACGUUGUGUCUGAAAUCAUUCAUCCUCCACCUCUGGUUCAUGUGGAGAAGUUGGCAGUUACUUGCAGAGAACAGGUUUGUAGUGGUAUAGAAUCCAGGAACACUGGUAAGGUUCUGCUGUUACAUAACUGAAAUACAGAACUUUGAAAAACAAUGUUAGACUCAAAACAAACAAACAAACAAAAAAAAACUUGCCUGCUUUUUGCUGUUAGCGUUAACUAGUAUAAAACUGGACUUUUAUUAUUUGAUACUUCAGUAUCAACAUAUAUGCAUGAACAUGCUUUAGUAUGUCAAGCUAGUAUUGGUCAGAAAUAAUGAAACGGCUAAUUUUAAUGAAUACUUACUAACUGUUACAUGUACGUUUCUGUGAAAAUUGAUAGUUUUGAAAGUUCUUCAGUAACUGGUAUAAAAUUGAAGAAAUGGCUUGAAACCUAGAUCAGACAAAAUAGAUAUUAUAUCAGUUUAUAUAUAUAUAUUAUGCCAUGGUAAUAAAAGAAAGUUAACAGCAUUGCCAUUUCUUGUAUCAGAUAGAAAGAUAUGUAUGAUGAAGAUGUAGCAGUUAAUUUAUAUAUAUAUGUACAUGUAUCACUACAAAAGUUUGAACAAUGCUCCAGUACCAUUAGGCUUAAAAUUAAAUUGAGCCGCGCCAGAGAAAACCAACAUAGUGCAUUUGCGACCAGCAUGGAUCCAGACUGUUUGCUUUCAAAGCCUAUUGCAAUAAAGAAAUCGUUAGCGAACAGCAUGGAUCCUGACCAGACUGCACGGAUGCACAGGCUGGUCUGGAUCCAUGCUGGUUGCAAAUGCACUAUGUUGAUUUUCUCAUGGUGUGGCUCAAUUAUACUUUACAUGUAUGUGGAUAUAGAAAAGGGACCAUAAUAUCUGGUGUCUAGCUUGAAGAGGAUGUUUUAGUUCCUUAAUUCCUUAAGUGGUCAGUUUUAAUGCAGAUUAGUUGCUUUUUUUUCUAUUACAUUUUAAUUUGCUUGUACAUGUAGGCCUAGUAAAUUUUAUUUGUCUGUCAGUUGUGCCCAAGGAAUAAGUAAACUGUUGUAUUUGAAAUUUCAUAGACUGUUUCUUCAACUUGAAAAGAAUAAGCUUUUUUCAUAAAAUUUUAUCACUGGACAAUAAGGGAAAUGGUAUGGUUAUAUGUAAUUAAAGGUUAAUUGACAUGUAGGCUAGACAUAGAGUCCUUUUCAAGAAAAGACAAGUUCUUACAGUUCAGCUUAUUUCUUGAAACAAAGGUGUGUAAUGCAUUUGAACAGUGGAUUGACAAAAUAUUGAACAUGAAAUGUGUGUGUGCCUUUUAUUAAUGCCUUCAGUAUUCAGUUUUUAGCUUGACUAUUCGAAGAAUAAGUAGAGCUAUCCUACUCACCACGGUUUCGGCGUCACACCUUGGUUAAGUUUUUCGUACCAGUCCAGAUUUUGACAAAGUCUUUUGAGAUAAAGCUUUGAAACUUUCAACACUUGUUUACCAUCACCAUGGUCAGUUAUAGGCAAGAGCCCAUAACUCCAUCAAGGAUUUUGGCUGAAUUAUGGCCCCUUUUGACUUAGAAAUCAUGGAUAAGUUUUUCGUACCAGUUCACAUUUUGACAAAGUCUUUUGAGAUAAAGGUUUGAAACUUUCAGCACUUGUUUACCAUCACCAUGGCCAGUUAUAGGCAAGACUACAUAACUCCAUCAAGGAUUUUGGCUGAAUUAUGGCCCCUUUCGACUUAGAAAUCUUGGUUAAGUUUUUCGUACCAGUUUGUAUUUAGACAAAGUCUUUUGAGAUAAACCUUUGAAACUUUCAACACUUAUUUACCAUCACCAUGUCCAGUUAUAGGCAAGAGCACAUAACUCCAUCAAGGAUUUUGGCUGAAUUAUGGCCCCUUUUGACUUAGAAAUCUUGUUUAAGUUUUCUUUUUUGUAAAGUGUUUGACAUAUGGCUUUGAAACUUUUAUCACUUGUUUAGUAUAAUAGUCUCUAUCUGUCAGAAAGAGUACAUUGAAAUUAGUUCUGUUUUCAUACAGGUCCACGUUUUGUCAAAACUAUUUGACAUAUGGCUUUUAAACUUUGAACACUUGUUUAUCAUUAUGAUUUCCAUCUGUAGGCAAGAGUACAUAACUAUUUUGACUGAAUUAUGGCCCUUUUUAGCUCGACUAUUUGAAGAAUAAGUAGAGCUAUCCUACUCACCACGGCGUCGGCGUCACACCUUGGUUAAGUUUUUCGUACCAGUCCACAUUUUGACAAAGUCUUUUGAGAUAAAGCUUUGAAACUUUCAACACUUGUUAACCAUCACCAUGGCCAGUUAUAGGCAAGAGUACAUAACUCCAUCAAGGAUUUUGGCUGAAUUAUGGCCCCUUUCGACUUAGAAAUCUUGGUUAAGUUUUUCGUACCAGUUCAUAUUUUGACAAAGUCUUUUGAGAUAAAGCUUUGAAACUUUCAACACUUGUUUACCAUCACCAUGUCCAGUUAUAGGCAAGAGCACAUUAGUCCAUCAAGGAUUUUGGCUGAAUUAUGGCCCUUUUUGACUUAGAAAUCUGGGUUAAUAUUUCGUACCAGUUCAUAUUUUGAUAAAGUCUUUUGAGAUAAAGCUUUGAAACUUUAAACACCUGUUUACCAUCACCAUAUCCAGUUAUAGGCAAGAGUACAUAACUCCAUCAAGGAUUUUGGCUGAAUUAUGGCCCCUUUUGACUUAGAAAUCUUGGUUAAGUUUUCCGUACCAGUUCAUAUUUUUUGUAAAGUGUUUGACAUAUGGCUUUGAAACUUUUAUCACUUGUUAAGUAUAAUAGUCUCUAUCUGUAGGAAAGAGUACAUAACUCUGUCAUCUAUUUUGGCUGAAUUAUGGCCCUUUCUGGACUUCAAAAUUGGUUCUGUUUUCAUACAAGUCCAGGUUUUGUCAAAACUAUUUGACAUAUGGCUUUUAAACUUUGAACACUUGUUUAUCAUUAUGAUUUCCAUCUGUAGGCAAGAGUACAUAACUAUUUUGACUGAAUUAUGGCCCUUUUUGGACUUUGAAAUUGGUUCAUACAUUGCCAUUUAGUGCAAGACUUAUCGAAAUCAAAGAAAUACAGGAACAUUGUUUGUCUAAUCUAUUUAUUUCUUUUGUCUGAAUAUCUGUGGAAAUAUUUUGACCCCAUUCUUCAAUCAAUUCUUCGAAUAGUCGAGCACGCUGUCAUCAGACAGCUCUUGUUGAACUUUGAAAUUGGUUCAUACAUUGCCAUUUAGCGCAAGACUUAUUGAAAUCAAAGAAAUACAGGAACAUUGUUUGUCUAAUCUAUUUUUUUCUUUUGUCUGAAUAUCUGUGGAAAUAUUUUGACCCCAUUCUUCAAUCAAUUCUUCGAAUAGUCGAGCGCGCUGUCACCAGACAGCUCUUGUUUUUCUUUUGAAUUAAAAGCACUUACUUGCAUCAUUUUAAUUAAAGAACUUAUUUACAUCUCACACUGCUGUAAGAAAUAUAUAAAUAUGAUGUAAUAUUUGGUAGUAUUUUAACCACUGAGUUUAUUUUGAAACGAGUUGAAUAGCUGUUGAUAAAUGGCAGAUUGCAGUACAGACAUUUUGAAGCUACAUUGUACUUUGAGUAUUACUUUAAAGCUAAUGUCAAACUAGUGUUCAUUAAUGAUUAUUUGUUUUUGACUGAUUUUAGAGUCUUCAGUGGAUCAGUAUCUGUUCUCCUUAAUGUGAGACCAGAAUUCUAAUUGUACCCAACAAAAAGUAUGGUAAAAAAGAUCUUUUGAUGUAUAAGAACAAGAUCAUCAAAAAUGCAAAUCUUUGUACAGAAAAAUAUACCUCUUGGGUAGCAUUAGGCUGCUGAUAUUUAUAAUAAAUGUAUGAAUAAAAUCUUUUUCCAGUUUUGACCAAAAUACUGUUCAAAUUCCCAAAGCUAUGGUAAGAGUAAUGUUCAAAAAUCAUGGGGUAAAACACCUGUACAGAAAUUUAAUUGUAUCAUUGUUUUUAUUGCGUUGUAAGAUUUAGAGACAUGUGUCCCUGGAAGCUUGUUGUUUUAACAGAUUUAAUAUAUUUGAUACAUUUUGUAUAUGACAAUUAUUGCACCGUCUAGUCAUUUAUAUUUGGUUGGCAUCACCUAAAAAUGUUAUCAUUUGAUUUUUAGAAGUUUUUGAUUUGAACUUAUUAUCUCCACAAAGUUAUUUAUUUAACAUUUUAAUCUAUCACACACUAUGAUAAAAAAUGUGUUGACAUAUUGUGUAUAUGUUUUUAUUAGACUACUUUAUUAAUAUCAUUUCAUUAAGACUUUAAGUGAGCAAAUUUUUCCUUCUCACAAAUGAACUUUCGUUACCAAAAUAUUGAUUUUCAUUAAAGCCAAAAGUAUGAGCCAAUACAGAGUGGUAUAAUAUCUUUUGAACCUUUCUGUAUUAUGUGUUUGUAUCAUGUAAAGGGUUUGAAAUCCUUUUCACAUGUCAGUAUUAUGAUUAAUUUAUUCCCAUAAUAGCUGAUGCUUUGUGUUAUUGAAUUGAAUAAGGAUUGCCUGUUCCUGUUUAACUUGGUUACCAGUUUUACUAAAUCUAUGACAUUGUGAUAUUUGUCAAUAUAUAUGACCUUUGUGUGUUGAUUUGCCAUAAAUUCCAACUCAUCACAGUUUGAUUCAUGUUUAAUGAUUUUUUAGCUCGUCUGAUUUUUGAAAAAAUAAAUCUACAAGGUAUUGUCAUCACUUGAUCGUCGGUGUCGGCAUUGGUUAAAAUGUUUGUUAAGGUUCACCUUUUGUCAAAAACCGUAAGAGCUACAGUUUUGAAACCUUGCACACUUGUUUGUCAUCAUUAGAUGACUUAGUAGGCCAAGAACCAUAUCUCUGAUAAGCAUUUUCUCAAAAUCUUGGCCCUUUUUGUACUUAGAAAAAAAUUUGAGUUCCUUGGUUAAAAUUUUUGUUUAGAUCCAUCUUUUCUCAAACACAAUAGGAGCUACAGCUCCGAAACUUUGCACACUUGUUUAUCAUCAUUAGAUUACUAUGUAGGCCAAGAACCCUAACCCUAACCAUUAUUUUAUCAGAGUUAUGGCCCUUUUUGUACUUGGAAAUUCUUAACUAUAACACUUUUCCUACAUACUGACCAGCACUUGCAGACGAGUGAUGGCACCUGUAGGCGGUGCUCUUGUUAAGUAUUUACAUGUGAAUGAGGACUUGGUUAUAAGGUCAAGGUCCUCCUCAGGUGAGCAGCUAAGGCCCAGAUGGGUCCCUUGUUAAUGAUGAAACCUUGGGGAUAUCAUUUCAUUGAAUUUACUUGGUCAUUUUUCUCUGCAUGUGAGUGGAAUAUUGCAACAGUGAAAAAUAUAUUGUUACUUUUAUAAACCUGUGAAACAGGACAUACAUUAAUUUGAAAUUGAAACAACUGACAACCUGUCUGCUCAUUAAGUAGAGUAAAAGUCAAAAGUUGCAGUUCUAACUGAAAAAAGAGGCUCUAUCCUGAGACCCAAACUGGUAACUGAAAACUGCAGUCUGUAGAUUUUUGUCAAUGAUCUGUAGUUGAGAAAUGAGAAUUUUUAAUGAUCAGCUCUAUUUUAUGUAACUGUGAAAUGAUGGCAUAAAAGUUUGCAAGAUUCUUGUCAUAUGUUUAGGGUGCUGUCUCCUUGCCUGAUCAUUCAUAUCACUGUCCUGUUUCUUGUUAAUGUGUCCACUUGUUAAGGAAGGACUAAAACAUUAUUUUAGUCUCAAAGAUAUUUUGUGUUUUUGUGUGUUCACUUGUGUUAUUGUUUAUUUGAUUUUUAUAAUGCUCCCACAUUUAUGUGGGGGUCAUAUAGCGUUACUGCUGUCCGUCCGUCUGUAUGUAUGCCCAGAAAUCUUGUGUGUCCAACUCCUCCCACCCUAAUAGCUUGAUUUGCUUCAAACUUUACAGAUGAACAAGCUUGAUGACCAAAAAGGGUGGAACUUUUGCUGUAACUAUUUUUGCAACAGUUACGGCCUUUGAUAGUUUUGCUAUAUAGAAUAUAGAGAAAAAUCUUGUGUGUCCAACUCCUCAAACACUAUUGAAAGGAUAUGCUUGAAAGUUUCACAGAUGAAGGACCUUGAUUUGAAGAUGUCCAUAAAUAAUGGAUUUUUUUUCUGUGGCUAUAUUUUUUAGCUCACCUGUCACAAGGUGAGCUAUUGUGACCGCUUGAUGUCCAUCGUGCGUCGUCCGUCAACAAUUUGUAAAAAAAUCUUCUUCUUGAAAACCACUGGGCAGAAUUACACCAAACUUCACAGGAAUGAUCCUUGGGUGGCCCCCUUUCAAAAUUGUUCAAAGAAUUGAAUUCCAUGGAGAACUCCUGUUGCCAUGGCAACCGAAAGGAAAAUCUUAAAAAAUCUUCUCAAAAAACAGAAGCCCUAGAGCUUAGAUAUUUGACAUGUAGCAUUGCCUAGUGGACCUCUACUAAAGUUGUUCAAAUCAUGACCUCCGUGUCAAAAUUGACCCCGCCCCAGGGGUCACUUGAUUUUACAUAUGAAAAUCUUCAAAAAAUUUCUAAAAAUAAACCAGAAGGCCUAGAGCUUAAAUAUUUGACAUGUAGCAUUGCCUAUUGGACCGCUAUAAAAUUUGUUUAAAUCAUGACCCCUGGGGUCAAAAUUGACCCCGCCCCAGGGGUCACUUGAUUUUACAUACGAAAAUCUUAAAAAAUCUUCUUCUCAAAAACCAGAAGCCCUAGAGCUUAGAUAUAUGGUGUGAAGUAUUGCCUAGUGGACCUCUACCAAAUUUGUUCAAAUCAUGACCCCGGGGACAAAAUUGACCCCACCCCAGGGGUUACUUGAUAGUACAUAGGAAAAUCUUAAAAAAUCUUCUUCUCAAAAAGCAUAAGCCUGGAGCUUAGAUAUUUGACAUGUAGCAUUGCCUAGUGGACCUCUACUAAAGUUGUUCAAAUCAUGACCCCGAAGUCAAUUUUGACCCCCGCCCCAGGGGUCACUUGAUUUUACAUAUGAAAAUAUUCAAAAAAUUUCUAAAAAUAAACCAGAAGGCAUAGAGCUUAGAUAUUUGACAUGUAGCAUUGCCUAGAGGACCUCUACAAAAUUUGUUUAAAUCAUGACCCUCGGGGUCAAAAUUGGCCCCGCCGCCGGGGUCACUUGAUUUUACAUAGGAAAAUCUUUAAAAAAAUCUUCUUCUCAAAAACCGGAAGCCCUAGAGCUUAGAUAUUUGACAUGUAGCAUUACCUAGUGGACCUCUACUAAAGUUGUUCAAAUCAUGACCCCGGGGUCAAAAUUGACCCUACCCUAGGGGUCACUUGAUUUUACAUAUGAAAAUCUUCAAAAAUUUUCUGGAAAUAAACCAGAAGGCCUAGAUCUUAGAUAUUUGACAUGUAGCAUUGCCUAGUAGACUUCUACAAAAUUUGUUCAAAUCAUGACUCCCGGGGUCAAAUUGGCUCCGCCCCAUGGGGUUACUUGAUUGUACAUAGAAAAAUCUUCAAAAUUUUCUGAAAAAAAAAACCCCAGAAGGCCUAGAGCUUAGAUAUUUGCCAUGUAGCAUUGCCUAGUGGACCUCUACAAAAUUUGUUCAAAUCUUGACCCCCCCAGGGUCAAAUUGACCCAGCCCCAGGGUUACUUGAUUGUGCAUAGGGAAAUCUUCAUAAAUUUGCUAAAAAUAAACCAGAAGGCCUAGAUCUUAAAGCUUAUUAAGAAAUUUGUUCAAGCAAGCAACUCUACUCAGGUGAACGAUAUAAGGCCAUCAUGGCCCUCUUGUUUUCUAGAAUUAUUGCCCUUUCUUAAUUUCCCAAAAUAGGCCAUAGUAAAGAAAUUUGGUGUGUUCAACUCGAACACCUCUUGCAGGAAUUGAUUCGAAGUUGCUCAGAUGCACAACCUUAUCUGAAUAUGACAAUAAAGGAUGGGCUGUGACAAUUUUGAUCAGUGUUAUGGCCCUUUGUUAAUUUCACUAUAUAGGGUAUAGUGAAGAAAUUUUGUGUGUUCAACUUGUCAUACUCUUUGAAGGAAUCGGUUCAACGUUGCAUAGGUGAUGAAGCUUGAUAUGAAAUUGUGCAGCAUGUGGGGGCAAAAGUGUCCUAGGAAGCAAUUCUAGUUUUGUUUUUAGCUCACCUGUCACAAAGUGACAAGGUGAGCUUUUGUGAUCGCGCGGUGUCCGUCGUGCGUGCGUCCGUGCAUCCGUAAACUUUUGCUUGUGACCACUCUAGAGGUCACCACUCUAGAGGCCAUAUUUUUCAUGGGAUCUGUAUGAAAGUUUGUCUGAAUGUUCAUCUUGAUGAUAUCUAGGUCAAAUUCGAAAGUUGGUCACGUGCCAUCAAAAACUAGGUCAGUAGGUCAAAUAAUAGAAAAACCUUGUGACCUCUCUAAAAGCCAUAUUUUUUAUGAGAUCUGUAUGAAAAUUGAUCUGAAUGUUCAUCUUGAUGAUAUCUAGGUCAAGUUCGAAACAGUGUCAUGUGUGGUCAAAAACUAGGUCAGUAGGUCUAAAAAUAGAAAAACCUUGUGACCUCUCUAGAGGCCAUACUUGUGAAUGAAUCUCCAUAAAAAUUGGUUCACCUUGAUGAUAUCUAGGAAAAAUUUGAAACUGGGUCACGUGCCAUAAAAAAAUAGGUCAGUAGGUCAAAUAAUAAAAAAACCUUGUGACCUCUCUAGAGGCCACACUUUUCAUGGGAUCUGUAUGAAAGUUGGUCUGAAUAUUCAUCUUGAUGAUAUCUAGGUCAAAUUUGAAACUGGGUCAACUGCGGUCAAAAACUAGGUCAGUAGGUCUAAAAUUAUUAAAAUCUUUUGACCUCUCUAGAGGCCGUAUUUUUCAAUGGAUCUUCAUGAAAAUUGAUCUGAAUGUUCACCUUGAUGAUAUCUAGGUCAGUUUCGAAACUGGGUCAUGUGCGGUCAAAAACUAGGCCAGUAGGUAUAAAAAUAGAAAAACCUUGUGACCUCUCUAGAGGCCAUAUUUUUCAUGAGAUCUUCAUGAAAAUUAGUGAGAAUGUUCACCUUGAUGAUAUCUAGGUAAAGUUCAAAACAGGGUCACGUACCUUCGAAAACUAGGUCAAUAGGUCAAAUAAUAGAAAAACCUUGUGACCUCUCUAGAGACCAUAUUUUUCAAUGGAUCUUCAUGAAAAUUGGUCAGAAUUUUUAUCUUGAUAAUAUCUAGGUCAAGUUCAAAACUGGGUCACAUGAGCUCAAAAACUAGGUCACUAUGUCAAAUAAUAGAAAAAACGACUUCAUACUCAAAACUGGGUCAUGUUGGAAGAGGUGAGCGAUUCAGGACCAUCAUGGUCCUCUUGUUGUUAAUGUUACAAUGCUGUCUAUGUAUUUGUUGAAAUUUCAACAUUGUCUAUAUGUUUUUGACAAAGAAUAAGCUGUGCUGUGACCAACCAUAACCAAAGAAUAAUAUGUUGUAUUGUUUAUCAUGUAAUGUGUUUUGUUCAAGAACUGAUAAAGAUGUGCAAGAUAGAUAAUAUUCAGUAUAAAAAAAAAAACAGCUGAAAAACAGCCUUUCUAAGUUUUUGUUACAUUAAAGAAGGCUUAGUCAGGAUCAGUUUUUUGUCAGAUUUCUUGUAGAAAUCCUCUAACCUUUACCCUGCAAAAUUCCUAAAAUGGACAUGGUCGCAAAGGGAGAACUUGCCACCAGCAGGCUAAAGGUUAAUAUGUAUCUUUCAAUAGUAUAAUGUUUAGAGAUACACAGGGGGAAUAGUGAAAAAUUUAAAAUCCUUUUUUGACUAUAGUAAAAUAAGUAUUUCUCACUAGACGAAAGACUUUCCAGGUUGGGUUAACAAUUGAAAAUGGCUGUAAAAUCAUAUUCCACUUUCCUUUGUUAAUGUUCCUUAGUACAUGAACAAUGUAAGAUAAAUAGAGUCUUGAUGAAAUGAAUUGUCACAACUUAUAGAUAGAUAUAUAGUUGGUAUUGCAGCAAGAUUAAAGUUGAUAAACCA